AUGGAGAGUGAAGUUUACGUUCCCGCAUCAACCGAGCUUGAUCAAGAAAUUUCUAAAAGUUCUGCUUGGCUAGAAAAUUUAUUAAAAAAAGAUAAAUUCGUAGAAAGGCCUGACACCGCUUCUUCAGUGGUACAAGCAAUGGAACGAAUCAAAAUCUCAAUUGAAAAAAUCUUGAAAAUGCCAGAAAACACCAAAGAAACUUCCUACUGGGCAAUGCUAAAUGGCACUCAUCAAAUCUUUAAAUGGUGCAGGCUUCUCCGUAAAAGCCAAUAUGCACGAGAUACAACGAAAUAUUUAGCAUUCUGCAUGGUAACAAUGGAAAGUAAUAUCAUCCUUACUUCAAUUAAGCACUUGCCCUGGAGAAUUACUUUAUAUACAGAGCUUGCAGAAGUAUAUGAACAGCUUGGAGCUUUUAAAGCAGCCAGCAAAGUUAUAAUUCACGCUAGCAAGCAAGUCCAGCAGCUAAAAGAAAUCGAAGAAGUAGAAAACCCAGUCCCAGACGUCAUAAAGCAAGCCCUAGUGUCCGCAAUAGAGCAUGUAAAAUCUCUUGACAUGAAAUAUGGCCUCUUAUUAGGUACUUUAACCCCAGAUCAAUGAAAAAAGCGACUAGAAGAAUUUCCUGCAAAGCCAUCAAAAAUUGCAUGUGCAUUAAAAUGCUUAAAUUUAGUAAAGCCAGACCAGUCAAGAAUUGCCUUGCAAUCUGGGCAAAAAAUUGCUUGGAAAUCAUUGAUAACUACUUAUGCAAUUGAUUUAGUUCAGCAAGACAUACAAGUUGUAGCAAAAGCUUUAAAGGAAAUUUACGAAAAAAAAGGAAGAGAUACCAGACUAUUAGAAACUACUGCAAACCCUGCACUUGAGCACACAAGGGAGUCCUUGCUUGCUACAAAUAGACAAGCUGAUGCAUUAAUGACUAAAGAAACUGUAUGGAAAAAAGCUUCACAAGCAGCUCCAUUAGAAAUUCAUAUAGAAUUGCUAAAGCAUGCUUAUGAUUGCAGACUUUGGGACUGGUUUUAUAAUUUGUCUGAGUGGGCUGAUAUAAGACUUUUACAUAGAAGAAUAGAGGCACCACUAGUGAAAGAUUUAGAUGUGAUCUAUUCAGCAUUGCCAGACAGCAAAAUCCCUAAAACUUUUGAGAAAAUUGAUGUGGAUCUUAAUAUUGCCCAUUUAAAGCAAGAAAUGGUUAGACUGGGGGUCAGAGAACAAGUGGAAAAAGGAAAGGAAGAAAAUAAAAAGGAAGAGAAAAAACAAGAGCCACCAAAAUCCAGAGGUAAAGGUGCAGCUGCCCCACAGCAGAAAAAUGUGAUUGAGCCACCUCCAGAGCUGCCAACUGUAAAAAUUGACCAUUCUUAUGUGUAUUUAGUGCAGAAAAAACAAGAAACAGAAGACGACGCGCUGAUUUCUAUUGAAAUAAAAAUGGCUGACGAAAGAUCAGGGCCUAAUAUAAACCCAGGCGACAAAGCUGUAUCUAUCCCUAUUGAGCAAUACAAUAAGUCAACUAUAAAAGUUCCAUAUAUGGUAGUCAGCAAGUUCAAGCCAGAAAACGAAGAAAUGAUUUUAAAGCGAAUUAUUGAUGUCCAAGCCAUAAUUUCUAAACAUCCAGACGUCACCCCUCCUGAAGGAUACAUCAAAAUCCCUAUUGAUUUAAGGCAAACUCCUGAAGACCAAGAAAGAGUUCCAAAUAACACUUAUGUUUACAUUUGCUAUAGGACUGAAGAAAAAGUCCACUCUCUGCAAAGGGAUUAUAGAGUUUUGCAUACCCUUAGAGCGCUAGAACAAAACAAAGACACAAUUGAGCCUGAUAGAAUUCCUCUUGUAGAUAAGCAUUUAAGCUUGAAUUGGGAUGUUAACUUACUAGAUAACUUUUCUAGAGAGAUGGGAGACGCCAUCAUUGGUCCAUCAGGGGAUUAUUUUUCUAAAUGCUCACCUGACAUAUUGCUAGAUGUCUGCCUUAAAAUUUGGGAUAAUUUUGUAAACCCUGUAUUAAAAGCAAAAGAGAUUGCUUUUGAAAGAUACAGACAAGGAGAAAUAGAAGACCCAGUGAUGCAGAGGUGGAAUGAGGUUAGGCCAGCUUUUGAGCAAGCUUUAGAAGUAUUAUUUAGAGUUUUCACAUCUCGUGUAGAUCUUCAAGACCCUAUUACGUUACUAAAUAUAGGGCUAAACCUUGCUCAGCUACAAGAAGAGUCAGGAAAUUUACGAUAUGGCGUCCAAACACUGAGAAUUGUAGUGUCACAAGCUUCAGACGCCAGAGAACAUAUAAUGAAAAGAGGUGUAAGAUCAGCCCUAGACAAAGAUUUAGCUUCUUGCAUAUCUUGUGACUUGGAGACUGUUAAAAAUAUCAGAAUGGAUAUGAAAAGCAGCUGCAUUCAAUGGGAACACUGGGUAGCAGGAUCUUUAAGGAGCGCUGUAAGGAAGCGUGAAUUAGACGAAGAAGAAUAUGCAGAAGAGGAAUGGGAAGUUUUGACAAAAAUAAAAGAAAAUGAAAAAAAUGUUGAAGAAAGCAGCCAGUUUAAUAAAAUGGUGCAGAUCCCGGAAAAUGAAAUUAUUCUGUUUAAUCUGCACACUGAAGCUUUGGCGAGUCUUUAUAGGUGUGAACUUCAGCUUGAUAAAAGCAAAACUUCUGAUCUUACAGUUGUGAGCCAAACUUUUACAUCAAAAAGCUUAAAACCAUUAUCAACUAAAGGGCUGAGUGCAGGAAUUACAGCGAAAUUAAGUUUAAGCAAAGGAAAAACAGCUACAAAAAUAAGAAAAGACACACAAGAGCUCCAGCAAGCUUUACAAGAAUCAGGAAAACUCCCCCCAAAGAAAGCGACUCCUUCACAUACAGAAAAGAUUUUAAUUUCUGAUAAUGCCAAGAACCCAUACCAGCAAGCUUUACUAUACCUCAACAUGUCAAAAUUCCGCACAAACUCCCAAGAACAAAAAUCUAUCCUAAAAGACGCAAUGGAAUUUCUCGAAAAUUGCGAAAAAAUGGAAAAAGACAUGGGAAAAAUUGCUACAGAAAAUGCUCCACAAGUAGAGGCAGCCAAGCUUUUUAACAGCCAAACUGGGGACAACCAUUUGAAUUAUUACCCAUUUAAGCAUCUAGCUGAUAAUUCUUUAGCAAAACCUUUAUUAGCUCCACCUAAGCCUACUGUAAUUGCCCGCACUCCAACUUCUAUUGCAGUAAAACUGCCAUUUUUUAAGCCAAAAAUUGUUGAUAAAUUUAAUGUAAAAACAGUUAAUAGUUUGGCGUUAUUCGGAAAGGAAGCCAAAACAGGGACAAAUGUGUCGCUAACAAAUUAUGAUUAUGAAGGGUUAAAUGUAAAGCAAGAAUUUGACAAUGUUUUGGUCAUUUCUGGGCUUACACCGUUUGAGGCUUAUCAUUUUGCUGCAGCAGCAUAUACAGAAGAAGGGGAAUGUAUAGGAGGAAUUGGAGAAACUUGUGAAUCUGUGGUUACUCUUUUUCCGUUACCGAUACCUUUAUUGUGGAGCUAUUUAGCUGAAACUGCCUUCGAGCUUGGGCACUUGUAUAUUUCUUUUCAAGCCAUUGAAAAAGUGCUUGCUCAUUAUUUAGAACCAAAUUUUGCGGUUAAUUUGUUACAGUCAAGGCUGAAUAUGAAGAAAAUUUAUUCUUCGUCUUAUCCUGAGCUGAGACACCUAAGCAAGGCAAUUUUGAUAUAUGUGGAAUGCUUGAUUAGGUCAGAUCAGCAAAAAGAAAGAAAUAAACUGCUUAGAAAUCCUGCAUACAAGCCUAUCAUGAUUCUAGAUAGACAGCAGCGAGAACAUAAAUUAGCGAAUUUAUUGGUGCUAGCGUUAGAUUUAUCAAUAAUUACUCACCAGUCUCUAAAUAUCAAGAAAACUCUUCAUGAAAUUCUAAAUACAAUAAACCAGCAAUUUUUCUUAGAAGGGUCUUCCAGCACAAUGCUUCACUUAUUAUCAAAAAUCUAUAUUAGUUUGCAGCAAGUCCCUAAUGACUUAUGGGACUCUUCCUUCAGAAAAAUUUCCUGUGUUUUUUCCAACUUAUAUAUAAAAUCAUUUUUAAGCUCAAAUGAGCCAAAACUGACACUUACAAUGAAUACAAAGCUUCCUAUAUUUAAAUACGAACAACAGCAGCCAGACCAGCCUCAGCUGAUUUCUCUUAAAGAAAAAGAAUUUAUAUCAUUAUACGAAAUAACGCUUCAGCACAUCGAGCUUCAAGAAAUAAGCAAAGGUCUUAACGACAAAAUGAAAGAAUCAUUACUCGCGAUCACAGCCCCUGAAGAAGCAAAACAAGCCCAGCGAAAAAUCAUAGACGAUUUAAGUGAGUUUUGGAAUGGGAUUAAAUCAGCCCCAGACUCAGGCUUUGCCAAACUCAAUACAAUGAAAGAUAACCCUCGAUACCUUGAAUUUAUGUGUAAAUGUUUAUGGUCAAUGAUUGAUAAAGGUGCAGUAAUUGAUACCAUCAUUUUAAAUUCCUCACAAGUUGUGGUCCCAGCAUUGCCACCACUAGAAGAAAAAAUAGCAAUUUCUUUGUCAAAUUUAGAACAUGACUGCCCACCGAACCGCUCACAAGAUACAGCUGGCUCAGAUGAUGAGUAUUUGGCACCUACUCCUGAGCAUUCUUUUACCAAUCUAGAAUUAACCUUAUGGACUUCUGAAUGGUUUUUAUUGCAAAGCUCUUUACAAUUCAUCAAGAAAAAUUCCAGAAAAUUUGAGGAGUCUAAAGGAUCAUUUUUUAUUAAAUUUAUGGACGUAGGGAGCCUUAUAAAAGAAGAUUCAAGAGAGGGCGAAAAUAUUGAAGCUGUUUUAUUGACGUUAAUGAAAGCUUCUAACUGUGCAGCAAGCUGCAAAGCGUGGAAACAAUUAGAAAAUAUCGCCAAAGCGCUUUGAAAUGUAUUAAAUAGCUCAUUAACGACUCCAGAAAGUAUGGCACAAAAUCAAUCGUGAAAAUAUAUAGCCUGCAUUGCUGAAGAUUUAUUGCUACUUUUGGUAUCGAAAAAAGAAAAACAGGCAGAAAACGAAAAACCAAGAGUUGUAAGUUUUGCAGCAGAAACAAAGCCUCCACAACAAACUGGCUCUCUCACUAAUUUUUCUGCAUUUGAAGAAGAAAGCGAAGUGGCUUGGUUUUUAGCCCGCCAAGACGUGGACAUUCAUUUAUACUCAAAUAUCGUCGGAUUUGCUAUACAAUGUCUACUAGUUGCAGAAAAAUGGGAAUAUCUCCAAUACAUUUGUUUUUCCAUGAACUUAGUAACCCAGCAUUAUUUCGCUGGACCUGUUUUGCCAUUCAAAAUCUACGCAGAAAGAGCUCUAUAUGAAAGAGCUAAACAGGGAAGAGAACAAAGAGAAAAAGAGCUGGAAGAAAGAAAAGAAAAAUACGAAAAUUGGAAACUUACAAGCAAAAGGAGAAAAUCAAGGCAAGCGCUAAUUACUGGAGAAAUCCCACAGGAGCAGAUUGAAUUUGAAAGAGAUUGUAAAGAAAUUAUUGAAAAAAUUGAAAGGAAAAGAGCAAAAGAAAUAAUUUUGUUAGGAAAAUUAAAUGAAAGUGAAGCAGAGCUGGAGCAGCUUAAAAAAGGAGCUAGUAAUGCUGAAGAAAGCUUAAUGCAGAGCAGAAAAUUACUAGAGCAGUAUGGGAAUGAAGCGAGAAAUCUGCAGCAGGAUUCAAGCGAUCCUGCGUUAAAAGUAAAAAAAAGAGCUCAUAAAGUAUUUGCUAAUAUGGUACUAAGCAGCUAUAGAAAGACUGUAGAGCUACUUCGUAAAAGGCAAGAAAAAUGGCUAUUAGCCCAAGCAUUAAAUGAGCUAGGGAACUUAUGCUUUAGUGAAGGGAUUUUAGAAGAAGCUGAAACUUCCUGAAAUGACUCAGUAGAUACUGUAUUCCAAAGCCUCUAUAUAGUCCAAAACUUCAGAAAGGUCUUUUCUUUAUCAGACGACAAUGAGUGGAGAACUGAAGAAAAUUUAGCUGAUAAAUAUGGAGUAAAAGAAUGCUUAUUGGCAGGAAUCGUACUGUGGAAGCUAGCAAGCACUCAAUAUGAAAGUAAAAAUAUGAAAAUGCAGCUGGACUGUGUGCUAUUAGCAAGACUGUUAUUUUCAUCAAUAUAUAGGCUGAGUUUACCACAUCCGCAGCACCCUAUUCAACACUCGCUUUAUCGUAUGCGAGAUCUUGCGCCGAACCUUAAUUUAUUUGAAGUAAGCCAAGAAAUCAGCUUAGGCGAGCUUGGCUUAGCUUUGGAUUAUAUAUCAGUUGCUUUAAUUGACAGAGGAUUUUUUGCAGAUGCGAUACCAUUGCUAUCAUUUUUAGAAUAUGUAGGUGUUGACUAUCUGUGGAACUCAGCUAUGGCCUUGAAAUCCCGGUCUUGAAAAGUAGUUGCAUUGGCGCAAUUAGGAUAUCCUGAAUACUCACUUAAUAUUCUGCAAAAAAUAAUCGCUAUGAAAGACCUCCCGAAACCUGGAAUUAGAAAGCAUCUGCUUCGAGACAAAGAGCACCAUUAUUAUAAGCCAAAAAUGAAAUACAAUAUGAAUUUACCCCCAGAAGCCCAGCAAAACCAAGAAAUAAUCCAAGCUCUCAUGAAAUUAGACGUUCCUCCCGCACUUAUGAAUGAAGCUUCUCUAUUUGUCUACAACUUAACAGUUUACGCUAAAAGUCUUUUACUUCUAUCUUUAGCAAAAUCUGAAAAUAUUGAUAACCCAGCUUCGGAAGGGCUCAGAAAUGGAAUUUUUACUGAAAUAGAAAAAUCUUUGAGAUAUUUGUUGAAAAAUUUAUCAUUUGAAGAUGAGUUAGCAAGAAUAAAAUCACAAUUUGAAGAGGAAAAUGGGAAUAUUGAAGAAUUUAUUAAAGCACGAGCUGGGGGCAUUGAAAUAAAUGAUGUCCCUAUGAAAGAACAAAUUGUGCAGAAUUUCUUUAGAAAUGAUGAAAGCCUGAGUGAUGGAGAAAGAAAGGUGAAAAGGCUAGAAUUGAUUGGAAGAAUUAGGCUAAGUCUAGUAGAAAUAAAACAAGCCCAAGGCGAUUUAACAGCUGCUAUAAGAGUUGCCAGACAAAGCUUUAUAAAUUUGCAAGGAUUUUCACAAGGGAAAUUAUUAGUGGAACUAGGAGCUGAACAAGCUUUUGCCCCAAUUGAAAAAGUUGAAGAGAAAAAAGAGCCAGCUAAAAAAGGAGGAAGAGAAGCCACACCGAUUAUUGAUGCAAAUAGAGAACAAAAACAAAGGGCUUUACAAGAGUUUUUAGAGAGCUGGGAAUUCAGAAAUACACCUGGACCACUAUUUUGGCUUAAAAUCAAAGAAAAAUUAUGCAGUCUGCUAUAUUUGCAAAGCAGAUAUAAUGAAGCAUUGAAUAAUACUUUAUCAUUAAGAGAAGAGGCACAAGCUGUUUCUGAGCCUUUCUUCUGAAGGUUUUCUUAUGAAAUUGAAGCCUAUGUUUCUCUAAGGCAAGGAAAUAUGGAUAAAUGCAUAGAAUUUUUUGAAAAAAUGCGUAGCGAAGGAGAAAAAUCAGUCCAUUCUGAUCCACAGUUUAUUUUUGCCUUGCCCCUCCGCGAGCUAAUAAAAAAUUUUGUUCGCUAGAAGAUGGGGAUUAUUUUUUUUAUGUAUUUAUAAAAAUUUUUGUUUGGGUUUUUGCCCAAAAAAAAGGAUUUUCCAAUGAUUUUGUUCGCUCGCAGAGGGGAUGUUAGCUAAUUAUUCAGAAUUGCUAUUAGAAAGAGGGAACUUUAUUGAUGCUUUUGAAGCUAUUGCACUUGCACGACAAAAAAUAUGGAAAUUAAUGGAUAAAAAUGGGUUUGUUUUGAAAUCUCAAGAUAUCUUAAAUACUUAUUAACAGAACGGCUGACAUAAUUUUGACGCAAUCACUGAGAAUCUCCGAUAUGGGAGAUUCAACAGCUUUGCGACAGUGUCUUCAACCAGGGGUGCCAGUGUCUCCUCCUUAUGUUUUGGGUUCAGUGUUGAGUGGGCAGCCUUGCUUGAGUCUGCUGGGUAGGGAACAACUGUUUUCCGCACAAAAUCCCAAAAAAUGAAAUUUCUAAUCGACUCUCAGCAAAAAGGGAAAACACCUGCCCUAGCUUAACUCCUGGCUUUACAGUCGUUGCCUGCAGACAUUGCUGGGCGACUUCUUUUCAACUUCAGCGCUACCCUUUCCCAUGAGGUAAAAUCCAUCUUUGAAAGCGGACUUGGGCUAGGCUCUGAUACGUCAAGAAUUGCUUUCCUAGCAUUUCUGUCCAUUUUUGGAUGGCAAAACCUUGCCGGAUAUAAUUAAAUAUGUGCUUGAAGUAGCCAGCCACAAAGCAAAGUGCUGAGAUGCAAUAUUUAAUUAUUAAAUCUCAAGAUAUCAAUAGAGACGCUGCUAAUAAUGGAAUUCUGAUUAUCAAAACAGGAAAAGAAGAAGUCGCAAAAGCUCCAGACCCAAAAGAUAAAAACAAAGCAGCACAGCCUGUAGAAAAAGCCCCUCCAAAAGAAGACUUAGUAAGCGUUCAAGCUGAAGCUGACGCAAUCAAUGGGACAGUUCCUCCAAACAUAUACCUCCUCAAUCUAGAGCAGUUUUUGAAAUUAGAAAUUUCAUAUGUAAAAGCAUGAAUGCAAGAAGACUAUAAAAAAGAAAAACUAAAAGAACAAUAUGAGAUUAUUGACCAAGCAGAAGUUAUUGCAGCAAGAAUACUGCAUUUGACGCCUCCUCAUUUUAUUACACUUAAAUACCUUAAAGCUCAACUACUAAGGCUUCAAUUCGUUAAAGGAAUUAAUGACUUCCAAAACAUCUAUAGAGGAAGAGCGAACGAGCGGCAUAAAUAUAAAAAAAUCGCCCAUAGGUUCCCAGAUUAUGAUCUUGGGUCAGGUAAAACACUGCUACACCUUCCUAAUUUUUCAAGAAAAUUAAUAGAAGAAUGGCUUCCAUUAUUAGAUCAAUCGAAAGCAAUUAUAGAGUCAAGCAUUCAGAUAGCAAUGAAAGAGUCUUUACUUAUUUCUCCUCAUUUGCUGUUUUAUGAACUUUACCAUAUUUUGAUACUACAAAGAGAAUAUAGGCCAAGAAUUGGGUUUAAAUAUCUGCCAAACCCUGGCGAAGAAAAUAAAGAAACUUCAUAUGAAGAACUGCUUAAAGCUGAGCAGCUAAAAGUCCAUAAAAUCACUAAAGAUGCAAUAAAAGCGCUACAAAUUGGAAAUGACUUAUAUAAUGCAAGAGACAGCUUGAGACACCAAUUCAGCCAAUUCGCGACAAGUCCUGUUUCUGACAUCAAUAAAGUACCAAAAACAAUUUCCCAAGAAAUUCUUGAAUCUGAUUAUUUGCAGAAAAAACAAUAUCCAGCAGGGCUUUUUGAAGAAAGUAAAAAAAAAAUUGCAGUUACUGCGAUAGACUUGAUAACUUAUUUGAUAAAGCAAAGUGCAGAUUUAUCUUUAUUCCAUUUCGGAAGAGAAUUCAGAAUGACACGACUAUACAAGCUACAUAGGAUUUUAAAUCUGAUAUGUCAACCUUAUAUGAUGAAAUGCAAAUUCCAGCUAGAUCCAAGCCCUCCUAUAGUGAAUCCUAAUGAAGAAAUUUUACCAUCAGGGACUAUUCUUGGCUUCUGGGAAAAAAGAAGAACUGAAACAGGUGAAGAGAUGCAGUAUUUGUGCUAUAUUACGUCACCACUUGAUAUUGAACAUAUAGUAAAACAGCCUUUGCCGCCUGAACAAGCUGAUUCUGACUAUUUAGAAUUCUCUAAAAAAGAUUUAUUUUUAUAUGGAGAAAUUCGAGUUGACGAGUUCAAGGUCUCAAAUAUGGCCCAAAGCUUAAGAGACUUAAAAGACAAAGUCAAAAAAUCCUUGACUUUCUCCAAAGAAAAAUGUGAAAGAGACUUAAGGUUAUAUGCAGAGGAAUUAAAAGCGAUUUAUAUUGGGUUUGCAGCUAUAUUCUGCCCAGAAAUAGAAAGAGAGAAUAAGGAAGAAGUAUCAACGAAAGCAGAAAAAGUAACGCAGACUGUGAAUGUUGUGCUACCUCAGGUAAAUGAAGAAAAAGUAGGAUUUUUUAGCAACUUGUUGUGGUCAGGUGGGUUCUCGAUUAGAGAGGCUAAUAUUAGUGCUUUGAUGAGGUUUUUCCAUUCGUUAAGAUAUAUUGGAUAA